AUGAAAGGCUUGGUGAUGGAAGCCUUGGUGGUGGGAGGCUUGGUGGUGGGAGGCCUGGUGAUGGGAGGCUUGGCGACGGGAGGCUCGGUGAUGGAAGGCUUGGUGACGGGAGGCUUGGUGGUGAGAGGCCUGGUGGUGGGAGGACUGGUGGUGAGAGGCCUAUUGGUGGGAAACCUGGUGGUGGGAGGCCUAGUGAUUGGAGGCUUGGCGACGGGAGGCUCGGUGAUGGGAGGCCUGGUGAUGGGAGACCUGAUGGUGGGAGGCCUGGUGAUGGGAGGCUUGGAGACGGAAGGUUCAGUGAUGGGAGGCUUAGUGAUGCAAGGUCAGGUGAUGAGAGGCCUGGUGAUGGGAGGCUCGGUGGUGGGAGGCCUGGUGAUGGGAGGCUCGGUGGUGGGAGGUUCGAUGGCUUCCAGCCGGCACCCGCUCAAGAGGAGUCAGAUUAACAUGGAGGAGCGCACCGGCAUCUCCGUUAGUGAAACAGAGGAAGGUUCGGAUGGCUACGGCUCGGAUGGUUACAGCUCGGACGGUUACGGCUCGGAUGGUAACGGCUCGGAUGAUUGCGGCUCGGAGGGAUACGGCUCGGAUAGUUACGGCUCGGAUUGUUACGGCUCGGAUGAUCACGGCUCGGAUGGUUACGGCUCGGAUGGGCACCGCGAACGGAUCGCCUGA